AUGGCUCCCGCCAAAGAUCCCGCCGCGCUCCAGCUCGAGCUGGGUGCCACUCCUCCCCCAGGCUCUCCUUAUGGUGUUCCCGUUCCUGGGACUGAGCGACCUGGCCGCAGUGCCGUCUACCGAGGCUGGAGAUUCCGCGAUAGAGAGCUCCUGACUACCUUUGAUCCUGAUGUCCGCUCCAUUCAUGAUCUGUUCGAGGUCUCUGCUCGCAAGCGGUCCAACAAGCGAUGCAUGGGCACUCGUCAAUGGAACCCUGCGACGCAGACUUGGGGAGACAAGUUUGAGUGGAUGACCUAUGCCGAAGUUGCUGAGCGACGUAAGAACUUCGGCGCUGGUCUUGUCGAGAUUCACAAGCGCAUCGGUUAUCCCAAGGACAAGUACGGCGUUGGUGUUUGGUCCCAGAACCGUCCCGAGUGGCAAAUUGCUGAUCUCGGCGCUUCUUCCCAGUCGCUCUAUACCGUGUCCCUCUACGAGACCCUCGGCCCCGACGCAACUGAAUAUAUCAUCAACCAUGCCGAACUCCCCAGUGUAGUCUGCUCGCUUCCUCACAUCUCCAAGCUGAUUAAGCUUGCGCCGCGCAUUCCAUCCCUCAAGCUCAUUGUAUCCAUGGACCCCAUUGAGCAUGGUGAGCUUCCUGGACUGUCUAAGGCCGACGUUUUGAACGACCUCGCUGCUCAGCACGGCAUCAAGGUCUACUCCAUGGCCGAGGUUGAGAAGAUUGGUCUUGAAUCUGGCCGCCCCAUGCGCCCUGCCAGCUGGGAUGAUGUUGCUACUAUCAACUACACUUCUGGUACUACGGGUGCUCCCAAGGGUGUCGUUCUUACGCAUGGAAAUGCUGUCUCUGCCAACGCUGCCGCUCGUCUGGGCGGCCAUGUCAAGGAGUCGGAUGUUCACAUGUCAUACCUGCCGCUGGCCCAUAUCUAUGGUCGUCUCAUUGACCAUAUCGCCCUGUCGGAGGGUGCUGCCGUGGGUUUCUUCCGCGGUGAUGUCUUGGGCCUCGUCGACGACCUGAAGAUUCUCAAGCCUACCGGCUUCAUCUCCGUCCCUCGUCUCUUUAACCGAUUCAACUCGGCCAUUCGCACUGCUACUGUGGAGGCUGAAGGCUUCAAGGGUGCUCUUUCAAGACAUGUCGUCAACUCCAAGAAGGCUGCCAUGAAGGCUCCCCCUGGUCAAGCUUCCAACACCCACUUCUUCUGGGACAGAAUCUGGACCCGCAAGGUCAGAGCCGCUGUUGGCCUUGACAACGCCCACACCAUGAUUAGUGGUAGCGCCCAACUUGAUCCCGAUGUUCAAGAGUUCCUCCGUGCAGCUUUUGCCAACACCUUCCAGCAAGGCUGGGGUAUGACCGAGACCUAUGCCACCGGCACGGUGCAGAUGUCCGGCGACUUCUCUACUGGCAACGUCGGCCCCCCUAUGGGUGACGUUGAGCUGUGCCUUGAGUCUGUGCCUGAGUUUGACUAUACCGUCGACGAUAAGCCUAACCCUCGCGGCGAGCUCCUGGUCAGAGGCCCUGCCAUCUUCAAAGAGUACUACAAGAACGAGGAGGAGACCAAGAAGGUCCUGGAAGCCGAUGGUUGGUUCCACACUGGUGAUAUUUGCGAGAUUGACAAGCUUGGUCGCUUUAAGAUUAUCGAUCGUAAGAAGAACGUCUUGAAGUUGUCCCAGGGCGAGUACAUCUCCCCCGAGCGCAUUGAGAACGUCUACUCGGCCAACACCAACCUGAUCAACAUGGGCUACGUCCACGGCGACGCCAAGGAGUCUACCCUUGUUGCCAUCUUUGGUGUUGACCCCGAGAACUUCCCCGCCUGGGCCAGCAAGGUCUUGGGACGCACUGUUUCUGCUGAUGCCAGCGACCUGCGCGCUGCUGCCAAGGACCCCAAGGUUCGACAGGCUUUCCUCAAGAUUCUCGACAACAUUGGCCGCAAGCACAAGUUCAACAGCUUCGAGAAGGUCCGAGGUGUCUACUUGGAUGUGGAGCCCUUUACCAUUGACAAUGAGCUCCUGACCCCUACGCUCAAGCUCAAGAGACCGCAAGCUGCCAAGAAGUUCCGUGCAGAAAUAGACGCCAUGUACGCUGAGAUCAACAGCGCCCAGCCUGCUGGCUCGGCUAAGCUGUAA